CAGUCGCCCUCCAGCCACCGCCCCAGAUACGAGUUCAGCCACUUCCGGCCCUCUUCUUCGCUCGUCGGACGUGUCUUCUCGCCGACUCUUCUACGUUCCCUUCUUUCCUUUCUCCCAGUCGCGCUUUCGUACACGUAACCCGUCCACGUUAUCUUUGUUUCGUUAAACACGGAUUCCUCCUGAUUAACGCAAGCACGGUCUAUACGGUAAGAUAGAAACAUGCUGAUCGGUCUCGUGCGCGACUCAGUGCUGCAGUGCUUUUGUCAUAGCUGCAAGGCACCCUUGGACAUCGUAGCGGGAGGCAAGAGGGGCAAUGCGCCCUUCAAGAAGCCGAGCGGCAAAGGAAAGCCGCGGACUAAGCAGCCGAAGAAAGUAAAGUUCAUCACGACCGAAAUUCGAUGCCAAGAAAAGUCUAAGGGUGGAUUGUGCUACGAGGUAAUUUUGGCAGAACCAACGGUACCGAAAAGAGCCCCGUCUCCGCCACAAGCAAGCCCGACUCAACAAGUCGCUAUCGAGGACAAGCUUCGAGCAGCGGAGGAGAGAAGACUUUCCUUGGAAGCUCACAAGCUCGCCGCUUUCUCCGCGAAACUUUGCAAAAUCGAGGAGGUCGCUCGCAAGAAGGAUGAACUUAGCGCAGCUUUCAUCGCCGCGACCAGCAAGUCUCUGGACGCUAAGAUGAACAACACGGAAGAGAAACGAGAAGCCCACAUCGCGGAGGUGAAGAACAAACUGAAGGAACACUUAGAAAGCGUCGAGAAGACUCGUUUGAGCCUCGAACAACAGACCGAGGAGGUCCGCUGCGCUGUUGAGGAGAAACUGAAGACCGCUGCUGCUCAACGCGAUGAAAAUAUCAAGAGGAUGUUGGAUCGUCUUAAGGCGCACGAAGAGCAAGUGGCUCGUGUACGCCAAGGAAUGUCCGAACGCGUGCAAUCACUUGAAUCCAAGAUACAAGGCAAGUUGGAUCAGGCUCGUGAACGUCGCGAGAACAUCGAGCGUGAACAAAAGGAGAAGCUACGCAAUUAUAACACCGUGAAGAUAGCAAAAGUGCGUCAGAUGGCGGAUGAGUGCGCCACGAGAGAACUUCUGAUGAAAAAGUUCGAAUUUGACAAGAGGGUUUCUACUGCGGAGCAGAACCGACAGCGAGAGAUUCAACGUCGUGUGCAGGCUAUUCGCCAGCAUGAGAGGCGCGCGGAGAAGGUAAGACAGAACAAAGCAGCUCUGUCGGAGCAGUGUGGCCUGCCGGCUGAAAAGGAGACCGCCAGCUCUGGGUAAACAUAAUGAGAAAUCAUUUCAUUAUCGCGAUCCUCGUUCGAAAUACCUUUUUCACCGUUACAAAAUCGAGGAAAGAGGAGAGCGGGAUUCGACUACAAGCUUGCAGAGAGUCACUCGCUGAAUAUAGGCCAUCAAAAGUUUACGUGUUUCAACUUCGGAAUAAACUAAGGAGCCGCACUCGCUGUGUGCUUUUAACAGGCUCCGAUUACGCUUUGUGCCAUUUUCGUUCGCUGGAAGAAAAUUAAAGGAACUUAUUGCAAGCGAUUUAUAGUAGCUGAAAGGGAUUUACAAUCUUAACGAUUUUGUUUUAUAACAGUGGACGGGAGGGGAACUAAAUAUUCAACUAGAUAAAAUAAUCGAAAUAAUUCAAAGAAAAACGAAUUUAUAUAACGAAGAAUCAAUCGUUCCAUUUUUUUUUUUUUGUUUCGUUAUCCUUUCACUUUGUAACUUAUGCAAAAUCACUGCCUUCAUCUAACUACACACGUACACUUAUAUACAGCUGUUUGUUUUUUAAAGUUACACGAACACACGUACUAACCUUUGUUUUAAAGAUACGGCGUGUAAAAUACCCACUUCUGUUUCAAUGUGCCUACCACUUACACGAUUGUGGAUCUUCUAAAAGAUGGCAUUAAAUUCUGUGUUUGUGAUUGUUUGUACAUGUCGGAGUAAUUGAUAGUUUACUAUUCUUAUGAAGCUUGUUUUUCAGUAUAUUUCAUUCAUUAUGUUUCUUUAAAGCUAUGGUGUUGUUGUUCAGUCAAUUAUUAUUAGUUUUGAAAUCAAGAGAAAAAGAUCAUAACGAUUAUCGGAGUCAGAGGUUCCAGUUUAUUUGACAAAAUUUUUAUUUAAAUUUUAUUUAUUUAUUUUUUAAUAGCUUUUGGUGUUCCAUUCGUCGAAUCCGUUUGCUUUCAUUCAUAGAGUAACGAUAGAAUUUACUACCGCUACAAUUAGAUCUUAAGUGGUAAUCGCGACCAUAUAUGUGUGUACACAUACCAUAUAUAAUGAUCUUAUGUGUAUGGUAUGUGCCGACAUGUAAGCACACUUAUAAAAAAUAUAUAUAUAUUAAUAGUGCUUUAUACUAGGCUUGAGAAACUUUAAAAACCAUUUUGUACUCGAUCAUUGUAAUAUUACUGCGCUAACUGAACAAGAACAAUUCACAAAAAUAUGUAGUCUAAUUGAAUAUGAUAAUAUGAUGCUUCUGUGAUGACUUAAUUAUUUGUCAAAAUGUGUAGUGUUUAAGUGAGAGUGUGAGAGAGAAAGAAAGGAGAGAGAGAGACAUUUGAUUCCUCUACGCUCGUACGGAUACCGUGGCUGGAGGGCCUUGAUAUUUUGUUCGUAUUAUACAGGGUGUUCGGCUACGGGUGGGCAUCUUGUAUACCAUCGCUGAAACUAUCUGAAAAGUAACGAUACACACUCUACUGGGGUUAAAGUUUCCAUUAAACUUUCCUACUCGUAAUAAAAUAGGCAGCUAAUGGUUCCUCAGCCUUAGAUACUCGUAUAUAUUAUAUAUGUAUAUUGGGGGUACUAAUAAAACGAGAGGAAACUUUUUUAGCUUUGGUCACGGUAUCGUCAUAAAAUAAAGGGGUAUAAUAAAAAAAAAAGAAACCACGUCGCAGUGAUAUUGCAACCAUCUCAUACCUUACGACCUUAGGUAUUGAAAACUACACGGAAAAUUUUUACAAAGGGCUAUUUCGCAGAAGUGCUGGAACGCGAGAAAAAAAAAGAAAUUAAGUAAUUAAAAAGAAAAGGGAGAUUGAAAGAUAAAAAGCAUUUGAACGUUCUUACAUCGACGAAUAUACAACUGUAACUUACAUUGCCCAGUGUUGCGGUACAUUCGCCACGUGUUGCAACGUCGAGAGAAAAAUGAUUAGGAUGGUUUCGUUUUUCUUGUGGUUUCAACAAGCGGCGAGUAACGUCUAUUUUUGCAUAAUUGUUGUGAUCUUUUUGCAAAAUGUAUUUCGUAUAAUUAUUAUAUAGAUGCCCGACGUAUGUAUGUUAUAUGAUUGUCCUUUUCGACUUACGUUGAUAUAUAAAUAUAUAAAUUUCUACGCGAUGGUAUAUAUAUAAAUAUGAUAUGGUGGUUACUGUAAUUGUACGUAUGGUUUCUUUGUGAGCUUUGGUAAUUGUCUUUACGGUGGAGCGACAGAAGGAAAUCAAUUUGCUGGAUAAUUAUAGCAAAAUAAAUUUCUAUUCGAUCGAAACAGACGUCGCGAGAAACCAGUUUCUUAUUGAUACAUAUACAUAUAUAUUGGUUGCCUUCGAUAUUUUUUCAUUUUUUAGUUCGGAUAAUGUAUGUUCGAAAGAGAACCUGAUUGUGUGAAGUAAAAGGCCAUACCUACAC